UUGCCUAUUUUGGAGAUAGAGUCUUGAAAACUAUUUUUUCCCGACCUAAAACUGAGAUCCUCCUCAUUAGUUAGGAUUACAGGCAUGAGCCACCAACGCCCAGGUGGAUCCUUCACUUCUGACAUGUAUAGACCUGGUCUCCUCCUCUCUGCCAACUUCAUCUGAGAGAUAGUCUGAGUUCUGUCUCACCAGCCAGUAAGGGCUUCUUCCUAGUCACCCUGGAAUAGCUUAGAACCUGACUUUGGCAGACUCUUUUCCUACUGAGGAGCCUCCUUCCGGUCUUCCCACCCCACCCUGGCAGCAGGCAGGCCCUCCAUGAUUGAAUCCUAGUUACCUUGACAGCAGGUCUGGCUGCCUCACUCCCCAGCCACUGAGAAACUUGAAGACUGUUUUUUAGCUGCAGUGUAUUUGCUCAGGCUGGGCAUCCUCCCAUGUAUACUGCCUGCUUCCACACAUCACAGCUUAGUUCAAGUGUCAGGCAACUCUCAGUCUUCUCUGAGCCAUUGGUUGUGGUCUCUAAAUUGGUCUCAAAAACUUCGCAAACUUGAACACAAAUUGCCUCUCAAUAAACCUGUUGGAAAAAAGGAAUGGAUGAGUUGCUGUCAAUUUGUCUAGGGGGACCCUUGACCCAGAAGGUGCAGCUUCUGCCCAGUGAUGAGAGAGUUUGUGUUUCUACCUAAGAGUUUGGGGUGGGUCCUGGCCUCCCCCUCCUGCUCUGCUGUUUUUGGGUUUCAGGGGUAGUCAAUGCUACCCUCUGGUGGCCAUGCCUUGUCUUCACUUGCUGGAAAUAACCUGGCAUUUAUGGAACUGCCAGGUUGGCAAUUUGCUCUACAAAAAGAAAUUUACUUGAUCUUUACUGAAAGCUUGAAAGUCAGGAGUCUGUGGGGUCAGAGGCAAGAAGAUUCUGGGCAAAUCAGCCCCUCUCUGAAGAAACCGUCAUUUGUCCCAUGAUGCAGCGGACAGGGUUUUACUAGAAACAAGCUUCACCUACCCUCGAUGGAAAGGUCACACACCAUGCUUGGACCCCUAGAAUCCUUCUGCCACCCCUGACCUGGCUUGAGUAGAUGACACAGCCCAGGAGAACAGUGAUCUCACCCCACAGCUGUUUGAUCAGGGGUGAGAGAAUUUCCUGGGAGGAAAUACAUGAAGUCGGUUGAAGAGAGAACACUUGAUUACAUUUCUUGGUGGGGGUACGGUUUUCAAUCUCUCCAAACUACACGGAAGGGGACCCGGCUGAUCUCAACUAGCUCCAAGGCCUACCCCGUCCCCAGCAGUGUCUUGCUAGAUUCGCGUCUCUGGCCCCUUGUUGGAAGGAGUGGAUUGCUCACGCGGUUUGAGCGGAGGCGGCUCAUUGCGGCUGUCCAGCAGAGGGAGUCACCUGUCCGCGAUGCGGUCCUAGGGCAGUGGGGGGAGUAGGUAAGCGGAACCGCACUGUUAGCCUGCGCACACCCACAGACGCUCUGAGGGCCGUGGUCAACCUAGGUGGGCAAGCACGACCUCUGUCCCAGCAUCUUCCUGAAAACCACCGCAGCUACAUCCACCCUACGGGGAAACUGAGCCACAGGCCGACUUGCGCCAAGCUACAUAGCUGGUGGGACAAACUGGUGGGGGGCUUGCCUCAGAACUUGAGAACUGGCUCCUCGAACCCAGGUGCUGGGAUGCAGUCUGCCAAGCAAGGAUUCCCUCUCCAGAGGGUUGGGGGGCCGAGUCGGCCAAUCAGAGGGUCUCCGCCAGAAGGCGGAGCCGUGCCAGCCUGGAGCUCCCGAGUGGAGCAGUGGCAUCAACACAGUCUUGUCCGCGGCGGGGGUGGGGGGGCGCGCAGUGACGCGCAGGAUGGAGAUGGGAUUGAGAGCUGCGCUUGAGGCUGAACACCCCUUCCCUCAGCUGCCUCAGUUUCCCUGGGAAUGAGAGGUGCACAUCCAGGUCCCCGACCUAGUAGAAAGGAACUGAAGCUAGGAGGUGGGCCCGGGAGCCUGCCUGGUGGAGGUGGCUCCCGCACCACCGGGGAGGGGCUUCUCCAGCCCCGCCCCGCAGCCCCGCCCCCGCCCAGUUGCUCAGCCUGGCUGUACCCGGCGCACAGCCUCCAGUGCUGCCGGCACCGGGCGAUGGACGCCCCGGGGGCCCCGGCCCAAACCGCCGCCCCUGGCCCAGGGAGGAAGGAGCUGAAGAUCGUGAUCGUGGGUGACGGCGGCUGCGGCAAGACAUCGCUGCUCAUGGUGUACAGCCAGGGAUCCUUUCCUGAGCACUAUGCUCCGUCGGUGUUUGAGAAGUACACGGCCAGCGUGACAGUGGGGAGCAAGGAGGUGACCCUGAAUCUCUAUGACACAGCCGGGCAGGAAGACUAUGACCGAUUGCGGCCCCUCUCCUACCAGAACACCCACCUCGUGCUCAUCUGCUACGACGUCAUGAACCCCACCAGCUACGACAACGUCCUCAUCAAGUGGUUCCCUGAAGUCACACAUUUCUGCCGCGGGACCCCCAUGGUGCUCAUUGGCUGCAAGACAGACCUGAGGAAGGACAAGGAGCAGCUGCGGAAGCUCCGGGCGGUACAGCAGGAACCCAUCACCUACAUGCAGGGCUUGAGUGCCUGUGAACAAAUCCAAGCUGCACUCUACCUGGAAUGUUCUGCCAAGUUUCGAGAAAACGUGGAGGACGUCUUCCGAGAAGCUGCCAAAGUGGCUCUCAGAGCUCUGAAGAAAGGAGAUCGACAGAAGAAACAGCGGUACUGCCUGCUGGUGUGACCCCAGGGCAGGCAGCCCUGAGACAAGACUGACAGGACUUGGGAACCAGGCCCAGACCAUUCCUGAGAUCCCACCCCAUCCCCAGCUCUGCAUCACCUGUGUCUGGAGACAGAAUUGUAGAACAGUCUGGAACUCUCCUUUUUCAUGAACUCAC